CCGCAAGAAGCAACAUUCCCUGUUUUCACUUAAUCGCUGUGUAAACUGGCCAAUGUUGUGUAUCAUAAUAUCAGACGAUCGGUAUGAUAACACGGUAAAAUAAUAAUAGAAAAGUUUGCCGAAGUUGUUUGUUUUCUUAAACUGUGCGGUCACUAGUGUGUUUGUUCUUGCAACUUGCCCACCAUGCAUACCAUCUCCACGACGAUAUUCAGCGACCACCAGAACGCGUAUUAUAGAUCCGGGGGUGGGUAUUCCACCGCCGCCGUCACCCCCAACCCCUACGCCUACGAGCAGUACUCGAGGUACUAUUCUCCGGCGGCAUGGCAUCACAACCAGCACCCUCUCAGCACCGCCAAAGACAUGGUCAAGCCGCCAUACUCGUACAUCGCUCUCAUUGCGAUGGCCAUACAGAACGCCGCAGACAAGAAGAUCACCCUCAACGGAAUCUACCAGUUCAUCAUGGAACGAUUUCCGUAUUACCGCGAAAACAAGCAAGGAUGGCAGAACUCCAUACGCCACAAUCUCAGUUUGAACGAGUGUUUCGUGAAAGUGCCCAGGGACGACAAGAAACCCGGCAAAGGCAGCUACUGGACCCUGGACCCCGACUCCUACAACAUGUUCGACAACGGCUCGUACUUACGCCGCAGAAGACGCUUCAAGAAGAAAGACGCGCUUAAAGAAAAGGAAGAAACCAUGAAACGCCAACAACUGCACACCGACUCACCUACGCACACCACGAAACGCGAGGAAAAACCCUUGGAAGACUCCAAAAGCAAACUGGAAUGCAAACCAAAACGAGAACCCAACACCGAGCUCAACCAAUGCAAGUACAACGAUCCAAAACUAAUCGGGGAUUUGGGCGACGUGGCAGCUUCAAUUCAAGCUUCGAUGGAGUCCCAUGCAGCUGCUUUCACAGUCGACAACCUCAUGACGUCCCGAGAGCAAGCUCUGUCGUACUCGAACCCGAGAUUAACUUCCGGCGGGAUGUAUUCUUACUGUCCCACCACACCCCAACAUCAGUACAUAGCCGACGAAGCCGCUCCAAGGUACAGCCCCUGGUACUCCCCGGAAACAUCCCCGGAGUCGGCAACCGGCUACAGGGAUAUAAUCUUCGACAGUAGUGCUGCCCCCAGCUGCCAGUUGGCGAGUUUCCGCCACAGCGACAUGAGCCCCAGCCCGCCCAACUACCGGAACGCUCCGGGUUACUAUCAGCAGGACUGCGUGCAGAAAUACUGAGGUUACGCCUCUGGUCCUUAUUUGGACCAUGUGAACAUUAAGACUGAUGUGUGAGGAUCAGUGCAAGAUAAAACAAAAACGUUAUGGCUUUAGAUAGAAAUGUUACGGUAACUUUUAGCUUGUUAUUUUUCCGUCGUAUAACCAUUGGGUAGUGUUUCGUAGCGUCCUCUAUCCACACAAUUGUCUUUAAUAACACUACUUUGGUUUUAAUUAUUAUUAUUAUUACUACAAUAGGGAUGCUACUUUUUUCUUUGAUAUGUGAUAAAUAAAUCAUUUGAUUGAUUUCUUAGUUAAAUAUAUUAUAUAUCUAUAUAUUUGUAUAUACGAUUUGAUUACGGGGCCGACCGUUUGUAUGAUAUUUUUUAUGUUCCUACUUUUAUUAUUUUGGCCCGUAGGUUUUCUGCAUUUAAUAUCAUUUUUCACGGUGGUGAA